AUGGACCUCGUCUUUCACUGUUGCCUGUUUUCCGGCGGCUGUCGGUACCUGGCUGUUGUUUGUGUCCACGAUAAAAGAAAAGUGCGUCCUCAGGUCAGCGGGUCUCCGGUUACGCGCACGUGCACGGUGCGCGCUCCCGCAGACGCGCAUCAGCAUCAGCACCAGUGGAGCGCACGGUCCCCACGCCCGCUCCCAGGCGCGCUCAGUUCUUUGUGGAUUUUCGCGCGUAAAGACAAGCCAAGGAUGUGCGGUGUGGACGUGGAUUUGGACGAUGGCACUGGGGAGGAGGAGAAAGAGGAGGAGCUCUGGAUCGGGGAGGGGGUGAAGAUGUUGCCCCCGCCCGUAGCCCACAGUGGGGGCAGUGCAUGGGGCAGCCGCAGAGGCAGGUGUGGCUGCGUGGCCUGGGGGGUCCUGCUGCUGAUGUGGGACCUGUGCAUCAUAGUACUCUGUGCUCUGAUUCUGGCUCUGGUGUUCGCUGUGGUGCUGCUGCCCGCGAUGCUGCUGCUGUACGCCGGCUUCCUCUGCCAUUCCAGAGUCCUUGAUGCGCGCGCUGCCAUAUGCCAUUACCUGGAUGACAACAGCUGUUCGGCUCUCAUCAUCCUGGGAUUCGUCAUGAUGUCGCCGCUGGUCGUCGUGGCAGCAGCAGUGUUUUGUGGGCUUCUCAGAAAAUUCCGUCUCCUGUUUUGCAUUCAACCCAUCUCCAGAGCCUGGUACAGGGGCCGGCUGCUGGACUGGGCCACCAAUGUCCACGCCUGGGUCUGA